AUGGCUUACGGGUAUGAACACCAAGCCCUAUCGGGCAUGCCGAAGCAGUUUGUGCUUUGCUUUGAUGGUACCGGAAACAAAUUCGCUGGUGACGAGUCGGAUAGCAAUGUGCUCAAGAUCUUUCGCAUGCUUGACCGCAGCAAAAGCCACCAGUACCAUUACUAUCAGCCAGGCAUUGGCACAUACGUGACAUCGAAGUCGCUGACUAGCCAUGGCCGAAUCCAACGUAUCAAGUCUGCGUAUCAAAAGGCCAAGGACUCGGCGGUCGGGUCUUCCUUUGACGAGCAUGUCAUGGGUGGGUACAAGUUCCUGAUGCGAUACUAUUCCCCUGGCGAUGAGAUCUUCUUCAUCGGCUUCAGUCGUGGUUCAUACAUCGCACGAUUUCUGGCAGAGAUGCUAGACUAUAUCGGUUUGCUCGAAGCAGGAAACGAGGAACUGGUCCGCUUUGCAUGGAAGACAUUUGCCAAGUGGCAGCAGCGGUCGGACGACUCGGAAGAAGAGCGCGAAGAAAAGAAGAAGCUCUUCACAUACAUGAAAGCCUUCCGUGAGACUUUCAGUCGUCCUAUCUCUCGUAUCCGUUUCAUGGGUCUCUUCGACACCGUCAACAGUGUGCCACGUUUCGAGUCUGCGUGGAUGCAGCGCACCAAGUUCCCCUACACAGCACGCAGCUCGGCCAAGGUGAUUCGUCAUGCCGUGGGUAUUGACGAGCGCCGCGCGAAGUUCCGGCAAGAUCUGAUCUCUGGAGCGCGCCCGAAGGAGAAGAAGAAACACCGUCGCCGCCACCAUUUGCCCAAGAAUCAUCUGCACCUCUUCCACCAGGACCACAAAGAGAAGCCCGAGGAGAAGCCUCAGGAGGAACACCCGGACAACGUCCCUGCCAUUCGGUUCAAUGACAAACCCGAGGAAGAACAGCAGGAAGAAGAGAAGGACGAGCCCGAGUUCAAAGAUCCCAGAUGGGGCCCCAGUACUGGAGAGACAUAUUACCACACCGAGCGCCGUGCCUCGCACCACCCAGCUCCAAACAGCACCUCGCAACCCCCCCCCGCGCUGGUAGCGAAACCCGACACAUACCGCGCACGCUCUCCCCGACUCAGCCUCGCAGUGCCGAAGGCAUCCAUGGACGAUCUCCAUUCAGUGCGAAGCAAAGAGUCCUUCCACAGUCUGCACUCCAACACCCUCUCGGUGCAAGUUCCAGUCAUAGAGGCUGAUUCGAGCGAUGACGAAGACGACCAAGACAUCCACGAGGUCUGGUUCCCGGGUUGCCACGCAGAUAUCGGCGGCGGGUGGACGCUCUCAGACGGCGAGUCAUGGGCUCUCAGCCACGCGCCGCUCGUGUGGAUGACGCAGGAAGCGCAGAAAGCCGGACUCGAGCUGGAUGAGCGCAAGAUGAAGCAGUUCCAGUGUCUGGAGGAAUAUGAUGGUGAUUACAGCCCGAUCCGGGAAGAGAUCAAUGCCCGACGGCCGAGUCGGUGCGUUGAGCCUCAUGCCGAGAACGAAGAUGCUUUCCGCUCUAUACCUAAUGAGAAGGAACGGUCUGCUGCUAGUCGCGACUUCUGGCAUGCGCUGCAUACUUCCAGUACGAAGGGGCUGCUGCAUGACUGCCUGAUGUUCAACCAGGGUAUUCCUACUAUGUCGGUUAUCACGUGGCGCAUCAUGGAAUGGUUGCCGUUCCGUCGUAUGGAUCUGCAGCCGGAUGGGUCGUGGAAGCCGAUUAGUUGGCCGUUGCCUCGUGGUGAGGUGCGGGAUGUUCCGCAUAAUGCUGAGAUCCACGUUUCUGCUAUCCGGCGUAUGCAGGCGGAUCCUAAAUACCGCCCUGGUAAUGUAAUUGUUGGUGGGGGUGGUCGUGGUAUACGUGUUGCACCGGAGGAGUAUGGUAUGGGUGAGUGGGUGGUGUUCAAGCAUGAAGGUGAUGUGGUGCGGGAGACUUAUGUCCGCAAGCACGUCUCCAAGUGCAAGGAGGGCGAGGAAAAGACCAACCCUUGA